GGUUUACAUACGUGUGCGCACCCAGGGCUGCAUGUGCGUAUGUAAGGAGUUAAUGAACUUUGAAAUGAAAUGCAGUUUCUGGUCAUCUGCUGUAGUAUAUCCGCAGUCUCUGGUCAUCUCCUGUACUAUGUCCGCAGUCUCUGGUCAUCUCCUGUACUAUGUCUGCAGUCUCUGGUCAUCUCCUGUACUAUGUCCGCAGUCUCUGGUCAUCUCCUGUACUAUGUCCGUAGUCUCUGGUCAUCUCCUGUACUAUGUCUGCAGUCUCUGGUCAUCUCCUGUACUAUGUCCGCAGUCUCUG